UGAAGUGACAUAUGCUGGACAGGCAUUCCGUCUUGGUCGCUAUCCUAUCCAUUUCCAUCUCAAUGGGGACAUGUCUGGAAGUUAUGUGAAAGGAUGUGCUAUCCAUGAGACCUUCAACAGAGCUAUUAAUAUCCAUGGCACCCAUAAUGUACAGAUUGAGGAUAAUGUUGUGCAUAAUGUUAUGGGUGGAGCACUCUUCUUAGAAGAUGGUAUAGAAACUGGUAAUGUCUUUGAUCAUAACUUAGUUGUCUUUUGUAAACAGAGUACCAGCUUGCUGAAUGAUGACAUCACUCCAGCUGCUUUCUGGUGUACAAAUGCUAACAACACAUACACAAGAAAUACAGCUGUUGGUGGCACGCAUUUUGGCUUCUGGUAUCGUAUGCAUGACCAUCCCGAUGGUCCUUCAUUUGACAGUAGCAUUUGUCCAAAGAAAAGUCCUCUAGGACUUUUUGACAACAACAUUGUCCACUCCCAGGGAUGGUUUGGUCUGUGGAUCUUUAUGGAGUGGUACCCAAUGAAGGGAGGUGGAUGUGGAUCAAAUGAAGCUGAGCCCGCUGUCUUCAAACGUCUAACUGUAUGGAACUGUGAGAAGGGAGCAGAAGCUGUUAGUGUUGGUGCUGUACAAUUUGAUGGCGCUAUCAUGGUCAAUAAUGAUAAGGCUGGCAUUGAGUAUAAGAUGAUAAAAAAUGUACCAAAGUAUCAUCCGAAUGGAGCUCUUGUAAAUAAUAGCGUCAUUAUUGGUGAUGCCACAUCAUCAAAUUGGAUUUCAUGCACAGGAUCUGGUGUGAUACUGCCAUGGGAUGCAGGAUUUGUGAUUGCUAACACUAAGUUUGUCAAUUUCAAUUCAGGUUCAUGUACUUCAUUUGGUGUGACACGUAUAGAUGGUACAUGUACAUUUGAAUGUGGCGGUUGGGAUUAUAUUGUUUAUGGAUUGGAAUUUUUUGAAUCUCCAAAUAAGAUCAAAUUUACUUGGCCACAUGAAGCUAUGAUUAAAGAUCUUGAUGGCAGUUUGACAGGAACUGUUGGUGCAACUGUGUCGCCAAGCAACCCUUCUCUUCCACCAUCUUGUGCUGGAAGCUCUUCAUUCAGUAUUGGGUCCACACCAGGCAGUGUAUGCACUGACCCUAAUCUAAAGUUUCUACGAUUUUCCUGGAACAAAGCAGUCCCAAAGUCACUGGAGGCAAAGGAUGUAUUCUUUACAAAUCAGUAUGGAACAACAGGAGUUCAUUUUUUGAAGAAGAGGUUAACACAUCCAAUGGGUUGGAUGGUAUCUUUGGUGUCUGGAGAGAGGUACAACAUGUUGUUUGAGCAUGCAGGCCACAUCACAAACAUCACAUAUAAUGGAAAAUUCUAUGGUCUAACGAAUGAUGAAUAUGUCAUAAUAGAGCAUAACUUCACACAGACUCCAGACAGGUUCAGUCU